AUGGCAAACGGAGCUCUACCCCAGACUCUCAAGUCUAUCACUGCCACAAAAAUCAAUGAACUCUCCAAGCAACGCGUCCUGUUUGACCAGCGCAAAGCAGAAAUCCUUGCAGAUGCUAAUGCAGCCCCAGAUCUGCGUACCCGUGCUCAGGCUUUGCUGCAUGGAAUCUCACGCCUGAAAGGAUAUCCCAAGGAUUCACUUGACAAAGAUGACCGAGAUCUAGAUGCGGAGACAUUGGAUGAGGAAUUGGAAGACAAUCUUCCUUCCCGAAUACUUGGUCGUUUGCAACCGGAAGAUCAUAGGAAUAUGAGUCGCUUCCUUCUGCAAAGUCGCCACGACUCUUCCAUCUCCCAGACAGCUCUACAAGAUCGUAUCGCUCAACUUGAAAAGGAGUUGCGGUAUCUUGAGAUAAAGCAUGAACAUGGCGAUUUCUACAGCAAGUUGGUUGCGGAGUGGUUGUCGGAGCUAGAUGGAAGCAUUACUUCACCUGCAGGUGAAACCAACUCUACCACAGGCCCUGACCCAACCCUCGAAAAGGUUGGACGGGCAGAAAUGCAUGACCAGCGCGCGACUUGGGAGUCCUUGGUCUUCACUCCUGCAACACAUGUCAACGAGGAAGCAAUCAAGUCGUACCUCAAUAAUCUUUUCACUCAGACCAAGCUUUCUCAACAGGCACUCAAAGAUCUCCGUCAAAGUCUCCAAUCCUUUGGAACAGAACUAGCCUCAAGGGGUAAGUGGCUGGAUGUGAGUGAACUCAAAUGGGUCUCUCGUGCACUGCUCAAAGCCGACCUCCUCAGCGAUGAAAAAACAGCCAUUCUGAAAGAGUUCAUGCGGAAUAACGAGGUUGCCCAGGAGGUAGCAGAUGUGCUCAACAUGCGCCUUGCCUCGCUCGAGAGCUGGACCUGGGCCGGAGACGCAGAAGGCAUCCCUGUUCAAAUGCGGCGUCAUCUGAACGGUAAAUACCGGGUUUUCAUGGACGAGGACCUUCUGGAUGCCCUUAUGCUACAAUACCUUGGGACAAUAUGGGCUGUAAAGCUACGGGAGGUGUUUGAGACAUUCCUACAAUCGAACGCCUGGAAGACCUUGCACGAGGAUAUCUCAGAAGAAGACAAGGAAAUGCGCAAAUACUUCCUUGGCCGAAACGCCAACUCAGACUCUGGCAGCCUCAACAAGAUUCGAAAAAAGACAUACAGCGAGGAAUAUUUCAUGAGCCAAUUGCCUGCUUCAACCGAUGAAGGUGCACGGCUGUAUGAUGAGGAUGGGUCCGACCUAAAGAACGCCCUGGAUACAAAGCACUCUCUUCUACAUCUCCUAAUCACGGAAUCUAUCAUCCAUAAGCAUCAGCGUGGAGAGUUUACUGCUGUGCGGUCGGACUUUGAGUGGUUUGGCCCCUCGAUGCCGCAUGCUACUUUGCUCACUGUGAUGAAGUUCUUUGGGGUUCCCGAGCUAUGGAUGAAGUUUUUCGUACUGUUUUUAGAGGCUCCCCUCAAAUUUUCCCAAGACGGAGCCGAUGCCUCUAUACAAGUCCGUAAGCGUGGCCUUCCAAUGAGUCAUACACUCGGUGAUUGUUUGGGUGAAUCCGUUCUUUUCUGUAUGGACUAUGCAGUCAAUCAAGCUACCGAAGGCGCUUUCCUGUACCGGCUCCAUGAUGACUUCUGGUUCUGGGGAACAGAGAAAAGUUGUGUCAAGGCAUGGCAGGCAAUGGAGCAGUUUACUGAGGUGAUGGGUCUGAAGUUCAAUGAGGAGAAGACUGGAAGUGUGCAGAUGGGCCCCAAUACCACCCUGAAAGAGUCCACUCUGCUUCCCACCGGCGAAAUCCGCUGGGGCUUCUUGGUUCUGGAUGCGAAGAAAGAAAGAUUCAUCAUCGACCAGGCCCAGGUUGACCAGCACAUCGAAGAGCUUUCACGGCAGCUUUCGUCCUGCGAAAGUGUUUUCGCUUGGGUACAGGCAUGGAACAGCUACUUCGGCCGCUUCUUUACCAACAACUUUGCCAAACCAGCCAUUUGCUUCGGUCGGGACCAUAUUGACAUGGCAAUUUCUACACUGGGCCGUAUCGAGCAAGGACUUUUUAGGACCUUAGAUGGCGAAAGUCCGUCUGGCCAAACCAGUGGCGUCACUGACCAUCUACGCACAGUGAUCGCAAAUCGGUUUGAUAUUCACGACCUUCCAGAUGGGUUCUUCUAUUAUCCAGUUGAACUCGGCGGCCUGGAGCUCCUCAAUCCUUUCAUCAGACUUCUUGCCAUGCGCGAAAACAUUAAGACAACCCCCCGGAAGCUACUGCACAAGGCCUCUCUGAAGGAGGAGAAAAAAUACGAGGCAGCGAAGGAAAGGUUUAAACUGAACGGCCCUGAUAUUUGGAGCGCUAAACAGACCAAGCCAUUUAUGUCCCUGGAAGAAUACACCCGGUAUCCAGAAACAUUCAGUUUGUCUCUUGUGGAUGUGUACAAGCAACUGACUGAGGUGCCGAGCGAGACGAGUGUGGCUCUGACUUGGGGCUUUGAAAGAGAGCAAAACUCCCUCAGGCAAUUGUUCCCUGAAGGCUCCAUCCAGUAUCACUGGGGGUCAAUGGAACCUUACUGGAAGUGGGUGGCGGAGUUGUAUUCGGAAGAGAUGGUCCGUACUUACGGAGGCUUGGCUGCUGUGAAUCGCGAGUUCAUGCCCCUGGGUGUUGUGAAGACCCUGCGGGAGGGUAAAUUCAGAUGGCAGAUUUGA